AUUUGUCUAAAAACAGACUGGUGGAAGUUCCAAUGGAAUUGUGCCAUUUUGUAUCGCUGGAAAUUCUUAAUCUGUAUCAUAAUUGUAUUAGAGUCAUUCCUGAGGCCAUCAUUAAUCUGCAGAUGCUGACCUACUUAAACUUGAGUCGAAAUCAGCUGUCUGCCCUGCCUGCCUGCCUGUGUGGUCUGCCUCUCAAAGUCUUAAUCGCAAGUAACAACAAGCUUGGUUCACUACCAGAAGAGAUAGGUCAGCUCAAGCAGUUAAUGGAGUUGGAUGUCAGCUGCAAUGAGAUCACAGUGUUGCCCCAGCAAAUAGGCCAGUUAAAAUCUCUCCGAGAACUGAAUGUCCGAAGAAAUUACCUUAAAGUUUUACCACCAGAAUUAGUAGAUCUUCCCUUGGUAAAGUUUGACUUUUCCUGCAACAAAGUGCUCGUAAUCCCGAUCUGUUUUAGAGAGAUGAAGCAGCUGCAAGUGCUACUGCUUGAGAACAACCCUCUGCAGUCUCCUCCAGCCCAGAUUUGCACAAAGGGCAAAGUGCAUAUAUUUAAGUAUCUGAGCAUACAAGCAUGCCAGAUCAAGACAGCUGACUCCCUGUAUCUCCACACCAUGGAAAGGCCACAUUUACACCAGCAAGUGGAAGACAGCAAGAAGGAUUCUGAUUCGGGAGUUGGAAGCGAUAAUGGAGAUAAGCGAUUAUCUGCCACUGAGCCUUCUGAUGAAGAUGCCGUCAGCCUCAAUGUGCCAAUGUCAAAUAUCAUGGAAGAAGAGCAGAUCAUCAAGGAGGAUAUGUGCCAUCGCCUUACCCCAGCAGCAGGGGAAUUUCAUCAGGAAUUUCAACCAGAGCCUUCCCUCUUGGGUGACAACAACAACUCAGGACAAGAAAGAGACCAGUUUGCUGAUGGAGCAGAUGUUCUCCACUCAGGAUUUAUGGACUAUAUUAAGGACAGAGCAGAAGACUGUGAAGAGCUGUUACGGAUAGAAGAGGACGUACAUUGGCAGCCAGAGGGAAUAAUGAGUUCGUCCAAAGAUCAGGACAUGGAUAUAGCAGUGAUUGAGCAGCUGAGAGAAGCAGUAGAUUUACUGCAAGACCCCAAUGGAUUAAGCACAGAUAUUACAGAAAGAAGUAUUUUACAUCUGUAUCCUAUGGGAGCAGCAGAAGACUUAGAAUUACCAGAUUCUACACUGAAUGGUCAGAUAGAGCUGGAGACAUCUCCGGUGUGUGAGGUGCAAAAUGACCUAACAUUGCAGAGUAAUGGAAGCCAGUAUUCUCCAGAUGAGAUGAGAGAGAACUCCCCCACAAUCUCUCCUACCAUUAACAGUACAGCUCCAUUUGGCCUGAAGCCUAGAUCAGACCCAGCCCUCAUUCUCCCUCCUAUCUCCUUCAACAAACUUACACAGGCACAAACAUGGGACAACUCUAGCUACAGUGUUCCCUCAGAAGGAGACAGUGACAAUGUGUUUCUAAGACCUCAGAGAAAUCUGGAAUCUAUAGACCCACAAUUUACUAUUCGGAGAAAAAUGGAACAGUUACGAGAAGAAAAAGAGCUGGUGGAACAACUCCGUGAGAGCAUCGAGAUGAGACUGAAGGUCACUCUUCACGAAGACCUGGGAGCGGCACUCAUGGAUGGUGUUGUACUCUGCCACCUGGUCAACCACAUCCGCCCACGAUCGGUUGCCAGCAUCCAUGUACCCUCUCCUGCAGUUCCCAAACUUAGCAUGGCUAAAUGCAGAAGAAAUGUGGAAAACUUUUUAGAAGCAUGCCGAAAACUAGGAGUACCAGAGGAAAAACUAUGUCUACCCCAUCACAUCCUCGAAGAAAAAGGCCUGGUCAAAGUGGGCAUUACCAUCCAAGCAUUACUUGACGUCACUGUCCCGAAGACUCUGUUCACAUGAGACCAAGCCCUCUCCUCUGGGUCAGCUCAGGCUCUUCUUCCAUCGGGGAUGCUGGACUGUGCCCCUGGGACCCGUUCCACCCUCUCCCCUACUUGCUGCCUGUCAGUUCCCCAACUCUAGUUGGAUUGUCGAGGUUUCCAGUCUAAGGGAGGACCUUUCACCUUAGAAGGCUUCCCUUGAAGCCAGCGAGGGAGCUGGUGGAGAACUCCACCAGCAUAUCAUUGCCUUUUUCGACCUCCAUCACCCCUUUCACAUUCACUGACUGCCAUUACCAAAAUGCCAAGCACAACUGUUUUGCAGCAAGAUGCAUCUGUUUUAUUAAAACCAAACUCAUUAUGGAUUUAGUGGGGGGAGGGGGGAUACAAUCAGGUUUUUCACCACCAAAUUUUUCAAGAAGUUAAGAGACCAUUGCCUUUUAAAAAACUAUUUUCGACAUACAAAAUAUUUAUAUAAAUAUUAUUUAUUAGUAAGUUGUUAUUCAUCCUUUGGAUGCAAAUUGUAAAUUAGGAAACUAUUUUAUUACUGCUUUUUUGUGGUUAAACACUUUAUUUUAUUAUAAAUAUUGAGUUAUUUUCUAUCCUCUUUGGUGUGCAGUAGUUCUGGGUCUCAGUAAUCAUGUUUCCUGAUGUAUAUGAUUCA